AUGAUAGAUAAUACAACACUUAUUAAAUCAGUAUUAUGUAAUAUACAUUUAAUAAAGUUGAUUGGUCAUUACUCGAGAUAUAUCAAUUACAAGAUUAAAGGUGAACUUCGAAACCAUAAUCGUGGUAAUGGAGAUGACGAUGAUCAAGACUUUGAUCAUUGGGCAGAACUGUCACUCGACUGUCUACUGUCAAACAGCGUCAGUUUGUUUCUUGGCAAAUUGAAUCAAAUCUAUCAACAUCGACAAGAUAUUGGGUAUGGAGACUACACACCCAAACCAGAAGAAGUGGUUACUGUAAAGACAAUACAAGAGUUUCUAAAGAGAGUACCUAGUCACCGACAAUUCUUUAAAUUGGUCGAGUUGGAACGUGUCAUGUUUCUCAAUUGUCUCGAACAAGAUGUCAAGUUGGUCGAUGUCUACUGUACAGCCGUUGUCACUACUACGGGUAACCCAUACCCAUUCAUCGAUUGUCGGUUAGUUGAAGCACUCUACGAGAUGGGGUUCAAAAGUGAUAGAAUGUCAGAGUAUAUCUUGAUACAGGGUAGUCGUGCAACCAGUCUCCUACCACUCAUUGAAGAUGACUCUGAACGUAGUCUUGUAGUAGAGUUACUUGACACUUAUCAAAAAUAUGAUCCAUCAUCAUCAUCAUUUACAGUACCGCCAGGGUGGUGUCUACCGCCACCCAAAACACUCGUGCUUGCUGAAUACCUAGCAUACCACGAACACCCUUCAAAAGAACGUAAAUGGGUACAAAUCCUAUUACUCAACUUUAUGUUGCAACUCAAACAGAGUACAUCGUGGAUUGGCAGUAUCUCAAUGAAACAAGAGAAAAAGAAUCAACAGUUGCGUGAUGUCUAUGGAGCAGGGUACGCAUCGGUCAUCAUGGAGCUUGUGCGUAGCUAUCAAACCAACAGACAACAAAUAACACAAAUCUACAACUUGGAUUACCUCAAAAUCAUUGCCAUGUCGAAAGCACGGGAUGGCUGGACCAGACAAUUUAAAACACUCUUUAGCACGGCCAUUGAAAAAAAGGAUCACGAUAUGGCAACAUUCAUUCUUAAAAGAUUACCAGAUCUAGAUUACAUAUCAAUAGAUCGUUGUACAUUACUCUAUUUUAAAGGUUUAAUUCAUUUUAUUAAAUUAUUUAUUAAUCAUCCAAAUUUUAAUUAUUAUUAUCAACAAAAUCAACAAAUUCAACAAAACAAUAAUAAUAACCAAAAUAAUAAUAAUAAUAAUAAUCAAAAUAAUAAUAAUGAUACUGAUAAUGAUACAGAUGAAACUAUUAGUCAAGAAAUGAUUAAAUUUUUAAUUACAAUUAAAUGGUUUCAUUUUAUAAAGACGGCAAUUAGAAAUAACUUUUUGGAGAUUAUUGUUUGGACAAGAACAAGAUUGGAUAAUUUGGAAGAGGUUUGGAAACAUUUACAAAAGAAAAAGAAACCAAUUACAAAUGUACAAACCAAUAUCAAGAAUCGUCACUUUUUUGGAUUUGUUCCUAAUAAUCCGUAUGGUCUAGUUGAAGCUCUGCCAACCGAUCGACAAGAAGCAGUCGUUUCACCAGACGAUAUGGAAUGUUUUCAAUAUUGUAUUGAACAUGAUCUAAUUUAUAAUGAUUGUGAUACUGAUGCCGAUCUCUAUUCACAAAAACCAUUUGGUGAAUAUUUGUAUCUUAAAAAAGUUUGGUUACGUCAAAAGGAAGGAGAUGGUGUUACUUUGGAAAAAGUAGAAAGUGGAGAUAAUGACAAUGACAAUAUCAAUGACAAUGAUCCAUCAUCACCAUCCUUUAUGACUAUUGAUCAAGAUAGUGGAUUCAACGAUAAACAAAUGGAGUUGUUGGCAAGGUAUCGUAGUGAAACUACUAAAUGUUAUCCAUUAGGGUUAGCCUAUUAUUUUGGUGACGUUGAUUUUAUAAAAUAUCUUGAACAACGUAAACCUACAAUUAUAACAUUGUUGGAUGCAACAAAUUUGUUAGAGUACACAAGUAUUUACAGUAUCGAUAGUUUAAUCAAGGUGACUGAAGUGAUUGACAAUCUAUUGCAAAUAUAUCGACCCAAUUUGGUUGGUGUUUUAGAAUUAAUGUUGAUCAAUCACAAACAACAUUUUGGAGCAAGGGCUGUUGAACAUCUAUUGGUACAAUUGGCUCGUCAACAAAAAUACAUCCCAUUCAAGAUUAUGGAUUUGUUGGUCGAUGAAUUUUGUAUGCUAUCAAGUACUAUUGGUAAUCACAAGAGUGAUAAUAUACUACAUUCUCGUCUUCACAUUACAUUGUAUUGUCUAAGAUAUGGAUAUCACCAAUUAUUGGACAAGAUGGAAGUCAUUGACGACAAACUAUUCAAUGCAGUCUUGACACGUCUAGACAACCCAUCAAACCCUUACUACUUUGAUGAACAAGACCAUAUAUACACCAAUUACCCCACUUUACUAGAGCUGAUAGACACUCAAUUCAACCAAUACUUUAAUGAUUAUCCAAUGGCAAAAAGAUCUUUUAAAAAUAAAGUUAAAUAA